AGGUCAAAUUCCAUAACUUUGCUUCGGCGAUCUUUUCGAAGUGCUUCCGCUCGAUGUUUUCUUGAAGCGAUUCCCAGUUUUCCGAUAGCAAAUGGCGUCCGAUUCUCCCAAUUCAGAUCGCAAGAUUGUUGUCCACUUGAGGGCCACCGGCGAUGCUCCCAUUCUGAAGCAAGCCAAAUUCAAGAUUUCUGGGGCAGAAAAAUUUGCCAAAGUGAUUGACUUUCUUUGCCGACAACUUCACCGGGAGACAUUGUUUGUCUAUGUAAACAGCGCAUUCUCGCCCAACCCAGAUGAACUGGUGAAUGAUCUGUACGAGAAUUUCGGCUUUGAUGGUAAGCUCGUUGUUAAUUAUGCUUGUUCUAUGGCAUGGGGCUAAAUAUCAGUAACAUCUGCCAAUGUAUCUGUACAUAAAUUCAAGUUUCACACUUCAUUGCACUAAGGAAGACACCAUCUGCUGUAAGACUCGGGAUUUCCAUCGAAAAAACUUAGUCAAAGUACAGAACCCGCACGUUUCUUACAUAUUUUUAUCUGUUUCUCAUCAUUUGGCCGAUGAACAAAGCUAGGUGGGAAUAUAUCAUCCAAGGAUUUAAACAACAAUGUGAUUUGAGUUGACAGGAGUUGUACUGGGUCACAUUAUUUUGGUAAUGAUAUUAUUUCCAUGUCA